CCCAUAGAGUGAAAGUGAUUGAGACCUUCAGUGAAGCUCCUCCUACAACAACCCACCAAUAAAUGCUGGAGUCAAACACACAGAGAAAUCACUCCAUGUGUGAAAACUGAAAUCUUCAUGACAUAAUGUUGAUGCUGGUGAAAGAGGAGCUUGAGAAGAUGACAGAUCCACAACCAUGCAGAAUACAGAAUGAAGAUACAGAGGAACAAAUAGAUAUGAUGGAAAUAAGCACGGAUAAUCUACUUGAACUGAAUGAAGUGGAUGAGAAACAUCGGAAUGUGAAAAGAAACCAUAAUGUUUCACAGAAAGGAACAGAAGACAUAAACUGUGAAAAUAGUUUCAGUGAAGAUGAACGCCCUGAAGAUCACAAGAGUGAAGAGAAACCUUUCAAAUGUCAACAGUGUGAGAAGAGUUUCACUUUUCGAUCGAGCCUUAGCAAGCACAAGAAAGCUCACAUGGUGGGAAAGCAACACGCGUGCCAGCAUUGUGACAAGAGUUUCCCAUAUAAAAGUGAACUUCAGAUACACGUAAGAGUUCACACUGGAGAGAGACCUUACACAUGUCCUCACUGUGGAAAGAGUUACACAAGUAAAUGUGUUCUUAAGAAACACAUGAGAAAUCACACUGAAGAGAAACCAUUCACUUGUCAUCUGUGUGGAAAGAGUUUCAGAAGUAAAACUGAGCUUAAGCUUCACACAAGAAUUCACACUGGAGAGAAACCAUUCACUUGUCAUCUGUGCGGAAACAGUUUCAGAAGUAAAAGUACCCUUAAGUUUCACACAAGAAUUCACACUGGAGAGAAACCGUUCACAUGCCAUGAGUGUAAAAAAAGUUUCAGAAGUAAGAGAACCCUAACAGCACACAUGACAAUUCACACUGGAAAGAAACCACACGCAUGUCUUCAGUGUGAAAAGAGUUUCAUAGAAAAACGUCGACUUGAGACUCACAUGAGAAGUCACACUGGGGAGAAACCUUACAUAUGCUCUCAGUGUGAAAAAAGUUUUUCUAGCAAAGAGACUCUUAAGAAACACAUGAAAGUGCACACUGGAGAGAAACCAUUCACAUGUCAUCACUGUGCAAAGGGUUUUAUAACGAAACGUGAGCUUAAUAUACAUGUGAGGAUUCACACUGGAGAGAGACCGUUCACAUGUCAUCACUGUGGAAAGAGUUUUAAAGUGAAAAAUGAACUUAAUAGUCACCUAAAAAUUCACACUGGAGAGAAGCCUCACACUUGUCAUGUGUGUGGAAAGAGUUUCAGAAUAAAAGUUAACCUUAACAUACACAUGAGGAUUCACACCGGAGAGAAACCAUAUCCGUGCCAUCACUGUGAAAAGAGAUUUACAACUGCUGGUAACCUUCAGAAACAUUUGAGAAUUCACACUGGAGAGAAACCUUACACUUGUCAACAGUGUGGAAAGAGUUUCAGGUUUAAAUGUAGCCUUAAGAUACACACAAGAAUUCACACUGGAGAGAAUCUGUUCACAUGCCAUAAGUGUGAAAAAGGUUUCGGAAGUAAAGGCAACCUUACGACACACAUGAAAAUUCACAUGGAAGAGAAACCUCACACAUGUCUUCAGUGUGGAAAGAGUUUCGGUUUGAAGUCUAUUCUUAAGGCACACAUGAUGAUUCACAGUGAAAAGAAACCUCACGCGUGUCUUCAGUGUGAAAAGAGUUUCAGAGAUAAAACGAGACUUGAGACUCACAUGAGAAGUCACACUGGAGAGAAACCUUACAAAUGUCUUCACUGUGAAAAUAGUUUUACAAAUGAAGUUGCUCUUAAGACACACAUGAGAAGUCACACUGGAGAAAAAACGUUCACAUGUCAUCUGUGUGGAAAGAGUUUUACAAUGAAAAGUGGCCUUAAUUUACACCUAAGGAUUCACACUGGAGAGAAACCGUUCACUUGUCCUCACUGUGAAAAGAGUUUUACAGGUGCAGGUGACCUUAAGAAACAUUUGAGAAUUCACACUGGAGAGAAACCGUAUGGGUGUCAACAGUGUGAAAAGCGAUUCAGGACAAAAUAUCAUCUUACUGUACAUUUGAGCACUCACACUGAAGAGAAACCGUUCAAAUGCCAUGAGUGUAAAAAGAGUUACAAAACAAAAUCAAUCCUUAACAAACACAUGAGAAUCCACACUCAAUAGAAAUCAUUCAUGUGUCAACAGUGUGAAUAUGGCAACAAAGUUUAGAAAUCAGCUGAGGUCUUAUUAAUAAAACUGUCUAAAAAUGUAGCUGUUUAGUCAAGGAAAUAGAUGAAUAAAAUUUAAAUCGGUGGUCAGUUUCUGAAGAUAGCGCCUAUAUUAACAUUUCCUCUGAUUUUGGAUAUGUGAGUUCAAGUUGAUCAGCGGGCAGUCAGUGUCGUGUACACCACCAGGGGCAGAUUUAUCACUGCAAGUCCUUCUGAAAUUUGCCGCUGUCUCAUUUCAGCUGCUCUGCCCUUUAGUGUCUGAUCAUUAAACAUGAAAUAUUUCUGUAGCGGUAAACAAGCUUCCAAAUUUCCAAUUUUAUCCCUUGUUUCUUAACCACGGUGAGAGGUGAUGAUGCAAUGUUUCUGACGCGUACAAAGUAGCAUAAAAUCCAAAGAGGCUUGUUGAUGUUUCCUAAUGAUAACUUUAUUGUAUCAAAAUUAAAGCUGCAUUUUAGCAUAAAACAAACACCACAAAUCCACUUUCAGCCAUUCUCCAUGUGUAUCGUCAAAUAACUGUAUGAUCUUGCACCAGCGCCUUCCUCCUGUCAUGGGUGGCAUAACCUUUUAGGCCAUGUUUACAUUAGAGCAUUUGCGUUUUAAAACGGCAUUUUAAAAUGAAAACGAUCCUCGUUUAUACUGGCAUUUUAAAAAGAAUCUUCAUCCACACUAUACACCACCAUAAACCCAUGAAACAUGACCAAUCAUGUAACUGGGCAUGCGCAUAACAGUGUAAAAUAACUUAUUACUCUAAUAAUAGCUUAUACCUUUGCGCGUUUACGCAGCCUAGGGGUGUGCGAUAUUGACAAAAAGUCAUACCUGGGUCCUUUGCUGGCAACUAUAACAGACACUAUUUUUGAACCUAUAAAAAUGUGUUUGGGAAAGUCUUAUACUGUUCUAUCUCCCCCCUACAACAUAUUAAUAUGAUUAAUAGGUUAAUUUUGAUUUUAUAACUAAACAUAAAGGUCUUUAUGAUUUAAAAAGAAAGCAUUCAAGUGAACAGUACUAACAGUAGCGAACUUGAAGCAAAAAUAAAUUUUAGCAAAUGCAAACUUCAAUCAAACAUAGUAAGAGGUGAAGUAUUGCUUUAGCCUACCAGAAAUGCUUAUUGCAUUAAUUUUUAAAAGUGUGCGAGGUCCGUGCACGUCCUCCGCUAGCAACACAGAAUAGCUAAAAGCACAAGCGCCUAAACAAGCAUUAUAUAUUAAUGACGUUGAGUUUAUUGUUUUUAUUAAUUUAUAUUCACAAAACUUAUCAACAAAACAUCGGUUAAAAUUAAGAGACAAAUUAUCUGAAACGAAAUUCAUUUUAAAGUAGCAAACAAAACUUAAAUUAAACUAAAAAAUAAUGUCUGACCCAUUACAAUUCUCCCUUCAUAUUGGCCUUUACAACGCCUAACGUUAUAUGGCGUUUAAAAUUACAGUCUAUCUUUCGUAAGCUAACUAAAUUUAAACAAAACAUAAACACAUUAAACCCAACAAUACUCAAACAUUAAUAUAAAACAGACAUUAUCUAUAAGGAUACAUGUUAAAACAAUCAAACAUAGUAAGAGGUGAAGUAUUGCUUUAGCCUACCAGAAAUGCUUAUUGCAUUAAUUUUUAAAAGUGUGCGAGGUCCGUGCACGUCCUCCGCUAGCAACACAGAAUAGCUAAAAGCGCAAGCGCCUAAACGAGCAUUAGCCUAUAUAUUAAUGACGUUGAGUUUAUUGUUUUUAUUCAUUUAUAUUCACAAAACUUAUCAACAACAUCGAUUAAAAUUAUGGGCUCUAUCUUACACCCGGCGCAAUGCAGCGCAAUGCGCGACGCAAGUGUCUUUCGCUAGUUUCCACCCUAAUUUUCACGUUUAGCGCCGCGUUGUUUAAAUAGCAAAUGCAUUUGCGCCCCCUUUUGCGCCCAUGGGCGUUCUGGUCUAAAAACGAGGUGUGUUC